AUGGGUUUCCUUAAGAAGGUUGGUGUAGCUGUUGAUCCGCAACUUGCUUCAACUGUUGCAGUCCAUUUAUCUUUAAUAUGCGGAGUUAUAGCUUAUACUAUAUUUGGAGCUUUGAUGAUGCAGUUUCUCGAAUCACCCAGAUCUGUUUCCGUUCGUUUGAAGAGAGAAGAAAAGCAACGUAUAACCCAGGUGUUCCUUGGUUCAGAAGUGUCAGAAAUGGAUGGCGGGGUUCACGCUUGCUUGCGUCACGUUGCUCUCAGAAUUUUCAAUGACACAACUUGUCGUGAAAAUGAAUUGGAGAGUCUGAACAUAAAUAACAUUGAUAGUUGUUAUCAAUUUGCCAAAUUUCAAGGAGUCCAAGCUACUUCAGCUUAUGCAAUUGAUCCAACUGAAUCGAUUGAGCCAGCACUGAGUCCAGAAGAACUUAUAGCUCAAGAGAUAAUUGAGGAAAUGAACAAAUGGUCUUUUGGAAAUGCAUUAAUAUUUGCAUUCACUGUAAUAACAACAAUAGGCUAUGGUCAUGUGGCACCGGAAACAUUCUAUGGACGCUUGUUCUGUAUAAUAUAUGGAGUGUUGGGUGUACCAUUAACAUUAUUAACUAUAGCUGAUAUGGGCAUGUUUUUUACUCAUUGCAUGAGAAAACUACUGCAGUUAGGUCGUUGGCUCAUUCAUAGGAGUAAAACUUGUUUUAAAACACCAAAAAAGUCAGGGCGGAAGGAAAAAGUACAAAAUGAUCUGUGCACCGCUCGAGAAUUAACGGAAGAUACAGAAGGACAUGUAGAAGUUAAUGGGGUGGAUGCUGAGAAUGAAAAUGAAGAAGAAAAUAAUGAAGAAGCCGAAAGUCAGGAAAGAAAAACAGACGAAUCAAUAGCUUUAGCCGUAACUUUUGCUUUAUACUUACUCAUGGGUGCUAAGGUUCUAUCCGUAUAUGAACCGGAAAUGGACUUUUUUGAAGCAUUCUAUUUUAAUUUUGUCACAUUGACAACCAUCGGAUUAGGAGAUUUCGUGCCGAAAAGUUUUGAUUAUUUAUUUAUAACAUUGGUUUAUAUUGGAGUUGGAUUGUCACUUACAACUAUGGCCAUUGAAAUAGCUGCUGAUCUUCUGAAGAAAAUACAUUAUGCUGGUAGAAAAAUGGAAAACAUGGCCAAUGCUGUUGUUUGGUUUGGAGGCAAAAAGAUGACAAUGAAAAAUUUGGUCAAAUAUUUGGGUGAUCAAUUUAAUAUUGAUGAAGAAGAAUUAGCAAAUCUUAAUUUGGAUCAGUUUGUUGAUAAUGCUAUCAAAGUUGAAGCAGGGGAAAUGAAAAGUUUGAGAAAGCCAGUAGAUCCUGUCGUAUUCCGUAAUCGGCCUGUUAGCUUUUCAUAUUUGAGAAAAUCAAGUGAAAGCACAUCUCUUUACUAUGUUGACGAUCGUCAAAGUAAAACAACUGCUGAAUUAUCUGUUAUACCAGAGGACACAUUUAGAACUGUGGAUAUGCUGAGGAUAACCGAAACAUCUUCUUUACAAUCUAACAAUUUGAUUCCCAGAUUAGACUUGGAUCAUCAGUUUUUCACUGACUCAUCCAUACCGAACUCUUUCGAAGAGGAUUAUUUGAAAACGCUAUCAGCUAACAAGCUACGUUGA